AGCUCUGUGAAAUUUCUGACUGCUCUGAGGAGAAAUUACCAUCUUGAUUUUGGGCUUGUGGCCCUGAAGAGUGGCCGCUCAUAACCUCUCUAUCUGGGGGCCUUCUGAAUAUACUUUUGCUUGACUGACUGCCAAAUUCUUGACUGGGACUUGCAGUUCCAGCUCAGAAAAAGAAACUUACUCAGUCUGCACAAGUUUUUCUUUAAGGUCUUUGUGUUCUUGUUCCGUUUUGCCAUGCUGUACGUUUCUGAAUCUGAGAUUGUGCAAAGCUGAUGCAUUAGAACAUGAUUAUAGCUGCAAGGUUACAAGGCAGAGUUAAUGCUGCUUCCGGGUUUAACGCUAACCAGGCACUUAAUCAUGUUGGUGCCUUUCAAUACAGUUUGUUAUUUCCUGUGUAUGCUGACAGCAACAAAGGAGGGUCUUAUCAUUAAGAAGAAAUACAGGUUCCCACUAUAAUCUUACCUAGAAUAGGAAUUUCCAUCAUGUACAUACAAAUCAGCUGCAAGACUGACAGUGAGAAGUGAGAUAUAUAAAGCUGGUAAUGUGUGCUUAUAUCAGAUGGUAUCUUUCAAGAGUUUUAGAAGGAUUGUCUACCUGUGUUUUGUUACUGAAUACUUGGUGGUUGUAGGAAUCUCUAAAUAUCCUUGAGUAUGGUGGAAGCAGUAUUGAUAGAUCUGUUCAGCCUACCAGCCAACUUGCAGAACAUCCAAGGAUUACUGCGUAACAUGCUGGAAACUAUUGAUAAGUGCUCUUCCAUCCCAGCUCCAUUUGUUUACGUCAUGUGUUACCAGAAUCAGGGGAGUGACAAGGACAGUGAACAAGAGUCCUUGCUUCCACCUCUGAGAGAUUUUCAGAAUCUGAAGAAAAAACUAGAGGUGGUAUGUGCUCUGACUGCAGCUGGUGCUUUAUACACCAUCAAACAAAGACUGGAUGAAAAAGACCUAAGUGUCAUUAAAGUUAUUCUCCCUCCCUUAAGAAAAGACUUAAUGAAAGUAUAUAUAGACCAUCUCUUUACAGCAGUCUACCAGUUUGAAUUUGAGGAUUUACAGGUGGCAUCUGAUUGUGAAAACCUACAGAUAUCUGAACCUCAGAGUGAAGGGCAAAGGCUUCCUACGCAGGAUGUGGCACUUAUCCAAAGAGAGAUUCAGAUGUACUUAGAAAGCCUGCCGAGCCUGAAAGGGGAGCUCACCAUCCUCAGAUCUUUCCUGAUCCCAGAUGAAAUUUUCCUACAUGGGUUCACCACAAGGACAGGUGGGAUCUCCUACAUACCAACUCUAAGCUCCUGCAAUCUCUUCAGUAGUUCCAAGCGAAGGGACCCACAAGUUGUUGUUAAAGAAAAUCUCCGCCGGCUAGCUAGUGUUGCAGGAUUUAACCCAGAGGCUUUUCACAGAGUCAAGAUUGAUCACGCUAAUGCUGUGUGUAUUAUGGGAAAGACAGAGCCUGACAGCUAUGAUGGAAUUGUUACAGAUCAGAAAGGUGUUACGAUAGCAGCUCCUGGUGCUGAUUGCAUACCCGUGCUGUUUGCUGAUCCUGUCAGAAAAGUCUGCGGUGCUGCUCAUUCUGGAUGGAAAGGCACAUUGUUAGGAGUUUCUAUGGCCACAGUAAAUGCUAUGGUAUCUGAAUACGGCUGUAAUGUGAAAGAUAUCCUUGUGGUGCUGGGCCCAUCUGUAGGACCUUGCUGCUACAAACUUCCUCACGAAUCGGCAAAAGAAUUUUACAGAAUUGAUCCGAAAUGUGUGAGACUAAUUGACUCUGCAUGUCCUUACAUUGAUAUUAGAAAAGCAACACGGAUUCUUCUUGAGAGUGGUGGGAUCCUUCCUGAGAACAUCCAAGAUGAUUCUGUCAUAGACCAAAGCCAAAAUAUCACUUUCUGUACUGCAUGCCACCCUGAUAAAUUCUACUCUCACUUCCGUGAUGGCACUAACUUUGGGACACAGAUGGGUUUCAUAUCAAUCAAAGACUGAGAUUGUAUCUCUUGCUUUUAAAUAGUAUUUAGACAAUAAGUCUUGUGCAUUUCCUGGCAUCCUGCUCUCCUCAUAGAAGUUCUUCCCCCUUCCUUGCACAGACUUGUAACAGAGAAUUCACAGAUCUUGAGAUUCUCCCACUUUUUCCCUUCCCUGCCAUUCUGAGUCAAGAGUAAAUGUCUAGGGUGUGGGGCCAAUAAUUCUUGUGUGAGACAGGCUGCAAAGGAAACAAGGACAACCCACACCAGUGACAAAGCCCUUCUGCAAGACUAGAUGGAAGCUCCAAUUUUUUCAAGCCUUGACCAAGUAUUUCCCAGAAACCUCAGUUUUAAGGUGGUGAAAGUACCCCAGUCUUCAUUAGCUUCUAAGUGAGACUUCUGAAUGAAGUAUGACAUUACUGAUACAGGAAGGAAAGCCUGUAUUGCACAUCAACUAUUUGAGAACACCCAACUUUUGUAGUUUCAGCUGAAGAUUAGCCUUACAGAAUUACGUGCCUGGGAUUGUUUUUCUUCUUUGGAGUUGUUUAAAGAGCUCCAAAACACUUACAGAACUUUUCCUAUGGAAAAUAACUUGAAAGUGAGAAGCACACAAGCUCCUUUGAGGCAGACCUUGAAAAUAUAUGAACUCUUGCCAUUCUCUAUUUUUUGAUUGUAGAAAAAGUAGGACUGUGAAUCUUAAUAUGGUAUGACAUGACAUGUUCAUGUUUCCUUACAAUUUUCUUUAAACUUUUGGUGAUCUGCUGAUGUCCAUUGAGACAGUCCCAACAGUGGCAAGGCACUUAAUAAACAUCUGAAAAGGGGAGCGAAUUUAGCCUCAGUUAAUUUUACUGACCAAUAGUUGCCUUACCUGUCUUGCUCAGCACGUUCGAAGUAUGCACUGUUUUGUUUUGGCUGUAAAAAUUUUGCCUCUAGACAUUAAAAUAGACGUGAUAGUUCCUGACACAUAGACAGUGAGAGAUUCCUAAUAGAAAACUAUGCUGACUGUAGCUUGCAGAGCUGCCAAGCACAAGCCUUGGGACAACUGUCCGCAUGACGUAAUUGCUAUUUUGAAUUCAACGGUCUUUACCGAUUCUAGACUUUUAUGUCCGCUAGAGGUCAGUGCUCGCUCACGCUGCACGCCAGUCCCUGGCUGCACCGCAUCCUUUCCAAACCAUGCAUUUUGCAAAGCACUGUACAGCAUAGCGGAUACUGUUGCUUAUGUAAUCGUCUGCCAAGUUAUUCUAGUAUCUGUGCUUGAAGAGUAAACUGUUUUUCAUUUUGUUGGGUUGUGAUUCAGAGCUGGCCAAUUUAGAACUUUCCUUGUCCCCUGGGAGAACAGACCUUCUGAAAAAUUUUCUUUUACCUGUGAAUAGUAUUUCUCAGAGAAGAGCCUGGUUCUGAGUAUGUUACCCUCUGACUGUAACCAUCUACCAAAACCAAUGCUUCUUCCAGCUCUCCUACUUCCUUAGAAAUACUAUUCCUCUUCUGGUUUAGCACUGCAGUACUUGACAAUAAAAAUUCUUACAUUUUCAGUUACCUUUUAAAAACCUUACCAUUGCUUUCAUCGUUCUUGGUUUCUUUUGUAACUUCACUGUGGUGAUGGUAUGGCUUCAAACUGGAGGUUCAGGCUCCAACAGGGGCAGCACAUACUCCUCGGUGCUGCCAAGCAUGUUACUGCACAGUAACUGAUGGUGUGUGUGGUAUGUAUCUGUAUUGUGUGUGACAUUCCAAAUAUAGGAUAAUAUAAUUAUAUGGACACUGCCAGGCUUAUUUUGCUGCACUAGGUAAAAAAAAAAUGCAAAUAAAUAGCUACCUACCUUCA